AUGUACGGCCUCAAACAACUUGCUGUCCUGAGCUUGAUGCUCCUGUCUGUCACGGCUAAGGAAGCGAAGAAGACGAUGGUUGGCUUCGAGACCGAGAAGGCCAGCUAUGGCAAGGAUGUCGAACUCGAAGACUGUACGGAGAUUGACGAGGAGGAGGUCUACACCAUUUCGAUUAAGAAGCAUUGUCGCGUAUUCACUGGCCCUCUCUGCACCGGUCGAAACACCCUUCUCAAGCCCGGCGACCAUUCGAACAAGGAACCCGUCCCGAUUUUAUCUAUCUUCUGCCACGCAAAGAGGCCGUUCUAG